CGGCGUAACAAACUGUUUUUAAUGCUAGCGGAAUGCUAACAGUUCAAGCUAACAGCUACAGUUAGCGAGCGGUAGCUUAGCAACGCGCCUAGCAACAGCCUACUUAAAGUUAACAUUAACUUGUACGUUUUGCCUUUUUACUACUCAUUGUAAAGUUUCCAAAGUCAUCCGUAGCGAGUGAUCCAUGUGCGUCUGACUGAGUCAACAAAGCAUGCUGACUGCACAGAGGGCAUGUGCAGCGAUGGCUGCCCGGCGCCUGGUUAGAGCCUCCGUCUCCUCAGCACACACACACCGCUCUCUGAUCCACACGUCCACACCGUGUCAGGACCAGGAUGAGCUGCAUCCCGAAUGGGCCAGCCUGGCUAAGAAACAGCUGAAGGGGAAGAACCCGGAAGAUCUGAUCUGGCGCACGCCUGAGGGACUCAACAUCAAGCCUGUGUACACCAAAGCAGACUCAGCUGACAGGCCGGAUGAAUUGCCGGGAUUGUUUCCCUACACUAGGGGGCCCUAUCCUACCAUGUACACAAACAGACCUUGGACUAUUAGGCAGUAUGCUGGCUUUAGCACUGUGGAGGAGAGCAACAAGUUCUAUAAAGAUAACAUUAAAGCUGGACAGCAGGGUCUCUCCGUGGCUUUUGACCUCCCAACGCACCGCGGCUAUGACUCCGACAACCCCCGAGUCCACGGAGACGUCGGCAUGGCCGGAGUUGCUAUAGACACAGUUGAAGACAUGAAGAUGUUGUUUGAUGAAAUCCCGCUGGAGAAGAUGUCCGUCUCAAUGACAAUGAACGGAGCAGUCAUCCCUGUGUUGGCGAUGUUUAUCGUAACCGGAGAGGAGCAGGGAGUAUCUAAAGCCAAGCUAACUGGCACGAUUCAAAAUGAUAUUUUGAAGGAGUUUAUGGUACGCAACACCUAUAUUUUCCCCCCGGAGCCUUCCAUGCAGGCCAUCGCAGACAUCUUCGCUUAUACCGCCACGAACAUGCCCAAGUUCAACUCCAUAUCCAUCAGUGGCUACCAUCUUCAGGAAGCUGGAGCUGAUGCCAUCCUGGAAGUAGCUUACACCAUCGCUAACGGUCUGGAGUACUGCCGCACUGGUCUGAAAGCAGGCUUAACCAUUGAUGAGUUUGCCCCAAGGUUGUCAUUCUUCUGGGGUAUUGGGAUGAAUUUCUACAUGGAAAUUGCCAAGCUGAGGGCAGGCAGGAGGUUGUGGGCCACGCUCAUUAAAGAGAACUUCCAGCCCAAGAAUGCCAAGUCUCUGCUGCUCCGCACACACUGCCAGACUUCAGGCUGGUCCCUCACUGAACAAGAUCCAUACAACAACGUGGUGCGUACAGUGAUUGAGGCCAUGGCGGCGGUGUUCGGGGGGACCCAGUCGCUCCACACCAACUCGUUCGAUGAAGCUCUGGGCUUGCCCACAGUGAAGAGCGCUCGCAUUGCCAGAAACACCCAGAUCAUCAUCCAGGAAGAGUCGGGCAUCCCCAAAGUCGCCGAUCCCUGGGGGGGCUCGCACAUGAUGGAGGCUCUCACGGACGACGUCUAUAACACAGCUUUGAAGUUCAUUAAAGAAAUAGAGGAGGUGGGAGGCAUGGCCAGAGCUGUGGCGGAGGGCAUUCCAAAGCUCCGUAUCGAGGAAUGUGCUGCUCGCAGACAGGCCCGCAUUGACUCAGGAUCAGAGGUCAUCGUCGGGGUGAACAAGUACCGUCUGGAGAAAGAGGAGACGGUGGAGGUGCUGGCUAUAGAUAACACCGCUGUACGUCAGAAACAGAUUGAAAAACUGAAAAAGGUGAGAGAGAGUCGUGACCCAGAGGCAGCGAAGAAGUGCCUGGCAGCCAUUGAGGAGUGUGCCCGAACCGGGGAGGGCAACCUUCUGGGCCUGGCUGUGGAUGCAGCACGAGCCAGAUGUUCAGUCGGUGAAAUAACUGAUGCCAUGAAGAUAGUGUUUGGUGAACACAAGGCCAGUACCAGGAUGGUGAGCGGUGCUUACCGCAGCGAGUAUGGGGAGCAUGAGGAGAUUGCCGCGACCCUCAAUAGAGUUGCAGAUUUUAAGAAGCACGAGGGCAGGAACCCUCGACUGCUGGUGGCGAAAAUGGGGCAGGAUGGUCACGACAGGGGCGCCAAAGUCAUCGCCACAGGGUUUGCUGACCUGGGCUUCGAUGUGGACAUCGGACCGCUGUUUCAGACUCCGCUUGAGGUCGCCCAGCAGGCGGUCGAUGCAGACGUACACUGCGUCGGGGUCAGCACGCUUGCCGCGGGACACAAGACCCUGGUGCCGGAGCUCCUCAAGGAACUACGGAAGCUCAACAGGCCAGAUAUCCUGGUCAUCUGCGGAGGCGUCAUCCCACCACAGGACUAUGAGUUCUUGUACCAGAGCGGCGUGAGCGCCAUCUUCGGCCCCGGAACCAGGAUCCCGCAAGCUGCAGUGGACGUUAUUGACAACAUUGAGAAGAGCCUGGAAAACAUCCGGCAGGCCAUGUGAACUCAAAUUACAAACUUAUAAAGAACUGUCUAUUCAUGUUGUAUCAGCAACAAAGCCACAACUGGGAGCUCACACUGCUGUACAGAAUCAAUUUGACUUAACUUGAAUAACAAAAAAAUAUCAUUCCCCACCAUGAGAACACAGCAUGUACAGCAGUCAAAAUGAAAAGCAUCCUCACUGUUUUCCAUUUUCAGUCCUGUAACUUCACAAUGAAAAUAAGUUAACAUCACAAACGUAUUGUUUUAGUUUUGUUUAUUGACAGUAUCACUCCAAAUCUAAAGAAAUCCUGUCCCACAUAACCUCUGCAGUCGGAUUAAUGGUGAUUUCACCCUUUGCAGCAUGCCUGUGUGUGAAUUGCAGUGAUUACAGGGUUAUUAAUAUCCUGUAAAUAUCCUAGAAAUUCCAGAACAGGAGUGGAAAACCUGCCUCUUGGUCAAUACUAUAGAGUUUAAUAGGAAAUACUUCAAUAUUUCUGACAUUUCUGACAACAAACAAUAAAUCAUACACUACAUUUAAUCAAAUUAGUAUUUGCUCAACAAACAUAACACAGUACCAUGUGAUAGAAACAUUGGCUUGAGCAGAGCAUUUUUUUGGCAUCCAAGUUUAAACAUUAUAUCACAGCACUAUAAACUUACUUGGAAUGUAAUGCUUUUAUUGUGAAAUUUGUGAGUGUUUUCAAUUAUGUAGCAGGGUGUUAUUAGUGCCAGUGAGAUGCAGAUGGAGAUGGAUGGGUAGAAAUCACAUCAAAACAAACCUCUUAUUACCCCUGGGCUUUAUGUUCAUGGAUAUAUUCUCUUGAAAGUGUCCUUUCUGUUGUCGUGAUCACUUACAUCCUGUUUAAUUCAUCUUACUGCCAUUCAAAAAUAAAGCCACCGAACAGUGAUUAUUUGGAAAUAGUAUUUUUCUACUUGUGAUUCUGAAUCAGGUUUAGCGCUCUUUGGUCUAAAUAAAUAAAGUAUGUGAACUUUGGAAAUGUGA